CGUCGACAAACCAACAGCUCUUGAAAACUGUGUUCCGAGUCUGGAACGCGCGCACAACACAAAAUUCUAUCGCAUUCUGACUGGGCAGUUUUUUUUUUUUUUUUUUUUUAAUUUCCCCCUUCAAUUGUUUUUUUUUUUUUUUUUUUUAUUUCGGAUCGAAUUCAAAAAAGAAAAAUCAAGUGACAGUGUUCGUGUGUCAUGAGUAGUGCAGAGUCGCCAACCAACCGGAUGCCUCCGCAAUCGUUGGCAUCUCUUCCGCCGCUCAAUUUCUCGUUCAAGACGGAAUCGAGCAACGGCGGCGCAACGGCCGCCAUGUCAUCAUCGCCGGCUUCCGCACCUUCCGUCGUCGUAUCAUCGUCCGCUUUAGCCAUGCCGACGCAUCCGCACGGCCUGCCGCAGCAACAACAGCAGCAAGCGAAUCCAGCCGCGCUGGAUCAGUACCGCAUCCAGCUGUACAAUUACGCCAUGGCGGAGCGAUUGCGGUUCGCGGGAGUUGCGCAUCCGGCCGCCGCCUUCAUGAAUCCGUACGCGGCCGCCCUAUCGGCCCAGUUGGGACGCACAACGAAUUCGGGCCCGAAUGGCACACCGUCCGUCCCACCGCAAACAUCCGAUUUGAGCUCGUUCUUCUUCACAUACGCGGCGGCUAAAUUCCAGCAGCAACAGCAGCAGCAACAACAACAGCAACAACAGCAACAACAACAACAUUGCGACCCGCGUUUGUUCCACCAUCAUUCGGCCGCAGCGGCGGCCAUGAUGCGCGGGGGCCAUCCGGGCGUGGUGAACAUGGUGGAAGAGCCCAAACCGCAGCACAGUUACAUCGGCCUGAUCGCCAUGGCCAUCCUCAGUUCCGCCGAUAAAAAGCUGGUGCUCAGCGAUAUUUAUCAAUAUAUACUAGACAACUACGCCUAUUUCCGGUCGCGCGGACCCGGUUGGCGCAACAGUAUUCGUCAUAAUUUGUCGCUCAACGAUUGUUUCAUCAAAGCCGGUCGCAGCGCUAAUGGUAAAGGCCAUUACUGGGCCAUCCACCCGGCCAACGUCGAGGAUUUCACCAAAGGCGAUUUCAGGCGUCGCAAAGCCCAGCGAAAAGUCCGUAAACAUAUGGGACUGGCCGUCGACGAGGAGGAUUCGCCGACUCCGCCGCCGUCGCCCGUGACGGCUCAUCAUGUGGCCGCUUCUCUGGCCGCUGGAUGGGGAUUGGGUCAUCACCAUCAUCAUCAUCAUCCCUCCGUGGAUGGGCUGGCCAUGCAUCCGCAGCAUCACAGGAAUUUCAUGAUGGAACAUCAUCAUUCCGUCUUGAUGAUGGCGGCGGCGGCCGCCGCUUCGGCCGCCCCCAUUCCGCACAUGACAUCGCUGUCGCCGUCGGCUUCGUCCGACGACGGGCAGGCCACCCAUCGGCAGUCGCACCCGUCGGCCGCGGUGGGCGCUUCCGCCCCGCGGAAGCGCCUGUUCGACGUGGCCAGUUUGUUGGGGCCGAGCGAUCCUCAACCGACGCUCAGCGGAGGACGCGACGAGCAGUGCGGAGUUGAACGUACGAAACACGAGCGGGACGAAGAGGACGAACGCAGUUCGGCAGCCGGGAGCAGUCACGACGAAGAGGACGCUGAACAAGUCAACGAGAACAAGCGGAUCAAGAUCGAACUGGACGAGGACGUGGACGUGGUCAGCGAAGACUCGGAGGAGGACGAUCACCUGCGCCGUUUGGGUUCGACCAGUCCGCCUCAGAAUCACAACCUAUCCGGCGAGGAUGUCGAUCCGGCUAAAUCGUUGGCUUCUAGUCCGGCCGUCCCUUCGUCUCCGCUCGGGGCGGCCGCUGCAGCGGCCGCUGCCGCAGCCGCCGGAUUUUGGCGUUUCCAUCCACCGGCCGCUGCCGGCGGAGCGGCUUCGCUCCGAUUACCCAUUCCGGCUCACCGGUUGAUGAAUAAUAAUGCCCACCACUUCAAUCAUCAGCAGGCCUACUUGCAGCAACAGCACGUGUCCGCUGCGCACAACCAUUCGCUGCCGUCCGGCAUGGAACAAUUGACCAAAUAUUACGAGCAAGUGGCCGAAGUGAUGCGCAUCAAUUGCUUGCAGCAACAACAACAACAACAACAACAACUGCAACGCAAUCACGAUGCCGCAGCAGCUAAUGGAACGAAGAGCGCCACUGGAGGUGCCACGUUAAUUGCUAAACAUUAAAGAGAUCGACGUGAAUAUUCAAUUCGUUUUUUGUUUGAAUUUCAAUCCGCUCCGUUUAUAUUGAUGUUGUGUUCUUCUUUUUUCGAAAUAUAUCUUUUCUCUGUCUUUUGAUGUCCUAAAAAAAAAAAAAAAGAUAAAAUGAAUCUUGAAAAGGAAAACACACAUUUAUUAUUCAUUUCUGGUGUCAUCGUUUGGAUGUCUUUCCAAUUGAUUGCGACGAGGUUUUUCCAAUUCCAGCUUCCGUGUGUGUGUGCGUGUGUGUCUGUUUGUAUUGUAAUGUACAU